GUCGGCGGCUCCCGGGCGGCGCGGCGCGCAUGCGCGGGGCGGCGGGUUUCAUUGUUCGUGGAGUUCUCUUUGCAACGUUAACCCGAACGGUCCAGAACGCGGAGUCGCCAAAGGAACAAUAGGCAAAGUUUAUGAGUAAGCAGCAGAAGCCAGUGCUAACAGGCCAGCGGUUCAAGACCAGGAAGAGGGAUGAAAAAGAGAAGUUCGAACCAACAGUCUUCAGAGACACCAUUAUUCAAGGUCUUAAUGAGGCUGGGAACGAUCUGGAGGCAGUAGCCAAGUUUUUGGACGCAACUGGCUCAAGACAAGAUUACCGUCGCUAUGCAGACACCCUGUUUGAUAUUCUGAUAGCUGGGAGCAUGCUUGCCCCAGGUGGAACUCGCAUUGAUGAUGGGGAUAAGACCAAGGUGACUGAAUACUGUGUGUUUGGUGCCACUGAAGAUCAAGAAACCAUCCGAGACUAUGCUCAGGUCUUCAAUAAGCUCAACAGGCGGUACAAAUACCUGGAAAAGGCAUUUGAAGAUGCAGUUAAAAAGCUUUUACUGUUUCUGAAAGCAUUUUCAACCUCCGAGCAGACUAAGUUGGCAAUACUCACUGGCAUCCUGCUGGCUAAUGGAUCACUUCCAGCUACAAUUUUAACCAGCCUCUUUUCUGAUAGCUUGGUUAAAGAAGGAAUAUCUGCAUCGUUUGCUGUUAAGGUUUUUAAAGCUUGGAUGGCAGAAAAAGAUGCAAAUGCUGUUACCUCAUCCCUUAGAAAAGUCAACUUGGACAAGAGGCUGUUGGAGCUCUUUCCUGCGAAUAAGCAGAAUUUUGAGCAUUUUGCCACAUACUUCACUAAUGCUGGUCUGAAAGAACUCUCCGACUUCCUGCGAAUCCAGCAAAAUCUGGGAACUCGCAAGGAACUGCAAAAAGAACUUCAAGAGAAAUUUUCUCAGGAAUACCCUGUACGGGAGAUUGUCCUGUAUGUCAAGGAAGAGAUGAAAAGAAAUGAUUUGCCAGAGCAGGCGGUGAUUGGAUUACUGUGGACUUGUAUAAUGAAUGCUGUUGAGUGGAAUAAAAAGGAGGAGCUAGUCACAGAACAAGCUCUGAAACAUCUAAAGCAAUAUGCACCACUCCUUGCAGUGUUCAGUACCCAAGGUCAGUCGGAGCUUAUUCUACUCCAGAAGAUUCAGGAGUACUGCUACGACAAUAUCCACUUCAUGAAGGCUUUCCAGAAGAUUGUUGUGCUUUUUUACAAAGCUGAUGUCCUGAGUGAAGAAGCCAUCCUAAAAUGGUACAAAGAAGCACAUGUUGCCAAAGGCAAAAGCAUCUUUCUUGAGCAGAUGAAAAAAUUCGUUGAGUGGCUGCAAAAUGCUGAAGAAGAAUCCGAAUCCGGAGAGGGUGAAGAGGAUUAGCUUGAAGCAAGCACAAGAUACGGUUCACACGGGCCUUCUCCCUCUCAUUCAUACGGUUGGAGUUGAAGACAUUGGUCUUUCAAAUCAAAUGGAAACCCUAGGAUAGCCUUCCUUUUCUGUAGAAGAUAAGUUUAUAACCGACGUCAAAUAACUGGGCCCUGAGGUAUUACCGCUUUCUGUGGGACUCCACCUUUGGGGAACUGUGCUGUAACUUUAGUAAAGCUAUUCACAAGGGAGCCAUGUAGGCUGAAAUGAAAUAAUUAUCGACUCCUUUUAUUAGCAGUCUUUUCAAAUACUUUGUGACCCUUAUACAGCGUCUGUUGUAGACCUAGUUUUGUGCAUCUUUGUAGCCUAAUGCAAGCUUCUGGAUAUGUGAUUUGACACCAUGGAUUUUUUGAAUAAAUGUUUUUGUAUUUUAAAACUCA